AUGUGUUUUUCAAAGAAAUCGGAAUUACUCCAACUAAUAAUCAUAUCAUUGAGUGUAUUGAGAUUUUCUACUGGUUUUAUGAUAAAUCAUAUAAAUGGUACAGUUGAACAAAUAGAUAAUAAUACACUAUAUCAAAUAUUGUCAGUUCAACGGCAUGUUGUUGUUUAUUUCUAUGAUCAUGGUCAUCAGCAAGAAUCAAUUUAUAAAUUAUUUAAUGAAACAUCUCAUAAAGUAGAUGAAACUAUGCUACCAAUUUCAGUAGUUACUGUAUGUGCAACCUUUUAUGAUGAGAUUGAAAAGAAGUUGAAUAUUUACGUAAGUACAGCUUUAUUUCUAUUUGCAUUAUAUAAACAUAUGUAUACACUUUAA